CCCGCGGCUCGCCGCUCGCGCGCACGACAUCGACACUAUUAUAUAUACGGCCAUCGAUCCCAAGUUCCCGAAGUAUUCUGAUCAUGCGGCUAUCCUAGUACUCUCGAGCACCUUCUUCUCUCUAGUCUCUACCGAUGGCCGUUUCCCCCGGACAGCAGCCACGUUCUAUGUAGUAUCCACCACGGCGAGGUUGCUACUGGUGCAGCUCAAACCGAGCCGAUCGAGGGACACACGACUAUUAAUACCGACUGCGCGUGUGUUCUGCUCAAGCCGUGGACAGCGUUUGAUCGAUCUUCUGCUUAACUGCUUUCUACUUUUUUGGUAGCCAUCCGUUAUCUCGACACAGCUCCGAAAGGUUCGGCGAGAUCGAUGGCAACCAUGCCUGCUCCUGUAGCGACAUGCUUCGUCCCUGCCACAUCGGGCGUCAGGUGCAGGGCAUUCUCCACGCCGAUCACCAAUUAUAGCGCACGGGGCGUCGUCGCUGAUCCCCCGAAGCUGCUGAGUCGUCCGGGGAACCUGCAGCUAACGUCGGGCGGCGCGCGGUUCUCCGGCAGGUUCAGGGCGUCCGCGGCGGCCGUGCACAAGGUGAAGCUCAUCGGGCCGGACGGCGCGGAGAGCGAGCUCGAGGUGCCCGAGGACACCUACGUCCUCGACGCCGCCGAGGAGGCCGGCCUGGAGCUGCCUUACUCGUGCCGGGCCGGCUCGUGCUCCACGUGCGCCGGCAAGCUGGCCUCCGGCGAGGUCGACCAGUCGGACGGGUCGUUCCUGGCCGACGAGCAGAUCGAGCAGGGGUACGUGCUCACGUGCAUCUCGUACCCCAAGUCGGACUGCGUCAUCUACACCCACAAGGAAGAGGAGGUGCACUAGAUAGAGUCCAUGUCGAUCGCGGGUCGUGAUUCCUGAUCCUGAUGUAAAUCAAAAUGUUGUUGUUCCAAUAUGGCACGUUAUAUGGAAGUCUAUGAACUAGUAGUAAGUCGUAUUGUGAUAUGGAAUGGUCCUUCGCUUAAUUUUGGUUUGAUCAGUGUUUGGUGUCCUUCUGGAAAUGGAUGCAUUGCCACAAAGCAAAGUUGAGAAAUGCUUGCGCAGUUGCGCAUGGUUCAGAUCAA